AUAUAUAUAUACAUAGUUAUUCCGUAGUCAGUGGCUUCUUCUUCUAAUGGGUUACGGACAUCUGGAGUUGGAAAAGCCGACCCUUGGGACAGCGCUUGGAGCUUGAUGGAGGAACAACUUUAACUUCUUAUUCUAAGGUUAUUAUUAGUACGGGCCACCAGGAGGAAGAUGUGGCCCAGGAGUUUUUUGCUCGUGGACGGUACAUGGUACAUUACAUGUACCUGGCGGCGCAUUUCCUGGAUCUUAAAACCCAGCCAAUUCGCGGCUUCGAGGAUUGCGGGAGUGGAGUUGAGUUGGUCUGGCAUUUCUUCUGUGAUUUGAUAUGUCCCUGUCUGCUCCUCACAGUGCUUCCUCUCAACCCAGUUUUCCUUUGACAUUUCUAGGCAUUUAUUGACUUGCUUGAAAUCAUAAUAAUUAACUGUUGCUGCUGUUCUUGUUAUUCCUGUAUCUUGUUCUCCGUGAUUUGGCUCAAUCUUCGUAUGCUCCAACUUACUGCAGUGCAAGCUCCACACCAUCUGGCAUUUAAUAUUUGAAUUCUCCUGAUAGAAGUAGGAGUGGUAACUAUGUACGGCAUACAGAAUACACGCAAUCUUACAUACCAACCCAUACCCAUCCAUACGGCGGCCAUACGGGCCAGCGAUACAUACCGCCCUAUCUGCCAAGAUGGGAACUGGGAACUGAAUAACGCUAGAACUCCGUACGAUCUGUCGACCUUGUGCUUCCUCUCGUCAACUCUGGCGAUUUCUCUCCCUCACCUGUUUCUUCUUAACUGCGCCGAUCCCCUUUUCCCCAGACCUUCGAUCUGAACUCGCUUUUAUAUUUUUUUUGUUCCGCACUGUAACUACGCUGCGUACAUCAGGAACCACACGAGCUGUCUGUCCCCCAUUCCGGUCCUACAUACCUGGGUACACUUCCUUGAACCCGGCUUCCUACAUAUACCUCCACACAGACGGACAGGCAUACUAUACGUACGCACUGACUCUGUCGAGUCUUGCAUAUUCUGUCUGCAGUCCAUACAUAUUGACAUACACUCAAACCAACAACAUACAUGAGCUAGAUCUCUGCCUAUCACGGAGAAAUAGUCGGCUCAAAGCCUAUUGAGGAGACGAGACCACCAGCAGCAGAAAAAGAAACAAGAGGAACAAAAAAAAAAAAAAAAAAGAAAGAAAGAAAGAAAAAGACUCAAACCGAUCAAUUGAUCGACCAUCUGACGUUCCCUCUUAUUUUCUUGUCGUUCAGACCCGCCGAUUUUCUGCAUCUCGAACCCCUUGCCAUUUUUAGCUAUCACCACGCCCAACCUUCCCUAUGACUAUGGUUAUCGAAAACCAAAACCGCCAGUAUGGCGGUGGGAUGGGUUACGACCAUGCGUAUCAGAGCCAAGUUCAUCCCGGCACUCCCCAAUUCAAUGAAGCCUGGACAGCGCAUUCGUCCGCUCAUCCUCCGCAACCCAUCUACCCUACAUCUCUUCCCGCAACUUCUGUCGCGAUGCAUCAGACUAUAAAGCGCGAGGAAGUUUCUCGACCUACUGCUAUCUCUAUGCCAUAUACGAGCGUGCCGGUGCCUGCCCCAUCAAUGGCCCCGAGCAGCAACUACAGCCCUGCUCCUGCGUAUGGCGGUCAUGAGCAGAUGAUUGUUCUUCCCCAAGAGAUUCCGCGGACAACUUUUGAACAGGCGCAAAGCUAUACAUCGCCGUCUCCAAUAGCUCCAUUCACUCCGGCUAACUAUCCUCCCAUGGAAUAUGCGCAAUCCCUGCAGCAGCAGCAGCAGCAGCAACACCAACAGCAACACCAUCACCAACACUCGAAUGCGAGGAAUAUGCCCCAAGGCAACGAGGCUCCGUCGCAAACGGUCCAGUCACAACCGCCACCGCCGUCCACGUAUGGCGAUGCCCUGGAUGCUAGUCGAGGAAUGGUUGCGCUGAGCCAAGAUCUGGCAACCCCGCGAAAUAUAUAUGCCCCUCAGAAUGCCAGGGGACCUAGGGAAGCCUACGGGUUCCCAGCUGCACAUUCUUCAGCCUCAUCGAUCUCGUCUGCGGGCAAUUAUCCGUAUUACAGUGCGUCAGUGGUCUCUGUCGAUUCUUCCGUCACCGACUACAGCUCGACCACUUCAGAAUCUUACGAUGGCAUGCCAUCGCGAACCCUCCCUCGACCGUCCAGCCUCAUGCAUGGCUGCAUAUCCGGGCCUCAGUCAAUGAUGAGCCAGUUCAGCUCAAAAGUCCCAUCCAACACGCAGAAGAAACACAAGUGUAAAGUCUGCGAUAAGCGAUUUACCCGACCUUCCUCCUUGCAGACCCACAUGUACAGUCACACAGGUGAAAAACCAUUCCCCUGUGAAUUCCCAGGCUGUGGGCGUCACUUCUCCGUGGUAUCGAAUCUUCGUCGACACAACAAAGUCCACAAGGGCGAAAAGGAGUCCGGCUCCCCUGAACAGCAAGAAGAAUAAAAAUCCUCUUCUCCUUGCACCAAAAUGGCCCCUCACUGCCGUUUGAUGUUCUCUCGUCCGUCUUCUCUACAAAAGAAACUCCAUCAACCUUCUUAACGACUUCUUCGCACGCGGCGUUGCUUCGAUCAGGCAUAACCCAAAGUGCGUGCGGAAAACCAACCUUGGUCUUCCUAAUCCCUAAUAUUCCUUCUUUAUUUCCCUCGCUCGACGAUUAUCCACCUUCUUCACAUCGUCAUAUACGACUCUAGGUUGGGUUGCAAGAUUUUAAUUUACCACUUUUCCUACUUCUACCCACACUCCAUUUACUGCUUGUAUUAUAUAUAUAUUUUCUUUGCUAUACUUUUGCUAGUUCUCUUCACCCGGCUCGAGUUGUGGGAUUUCGAGUUUUCACGGCCGGAAAUCAAAGAUACCCCAGUGUGAGAAAUUUUUCUUUUUUUUUUUUGUU